AUGUCUUCCGAGCAGCAGCAGCAGCAGCCGCCGCCUCGUUUCGAGACUCUCCAGCUUCACGCCGGCCAAGAACCAGACCCUACUACCAAGUCUCGUGCCGUUCCUAUCUAUGCCACCACUUCCUAUACAUUCGAUGACUCUGCGCAUGGAGCCAGACUCUUUGGCCUCAAGCAAUUCGGCAACAUCUACAGCCGGAUUAUGAACCCCACGGUCGACGUGUUCGAAAAGCGUAUUGCGGCUCUUGAGGGUGGUGUCGCGGCUGUAGCAGCUUCUUCAGGUCAGAGUGCACAGUUCAUGGCCGUUUCAGCUCUCGCCCAUGCCGGUGAUAACAUCGUCUCAACUACCAAUUUGUACGGUGGCACGUAUAACCAGUUCAAGGUCCUUUUCCCUCGCCUGGGUAUCAAUACCAAGUUCGUCCAGGGGGAUAAGCCAGAGGAUAUCGCGGCUGCCAUUGACGAGCGCACCAAGGCUGUCUACGUGGAGACAAUCGGCAACCCUCGUUACAAUGUCCCAGACUUUUCAGAAUUGGCCAGGGUUGCUCACGAGAAGGGCGUCCCUCUGGUGGUUGACAAUACCUUUGGAGCCGGUGGAUUUUUCUGCCGCCCCAUCGACCAUGGCGCCGACAUUGUUGUCCACAGCGCAACCAAGUGGAUUGGUGGCCAUGGCACCACCGUUGCCGGCGUGGUUGUGGACUCUGGAAAAUUUGACUGGGGCAAGCAUGCUGCCCGAUUCCCUCAGUUUGUCGAACCAUCCGCAGGUUACCAUGGCCUGAAAUUCUGGGAAACCUUUGGACCCAUUACCUUUGCUAUUCGAGUCCGUGUGGAAAUCCUGCGUGAUCUUGGAACGGCACUGAACCCUUUUGCUGCGCAACAGCUUCUGCUGGGCUUGGAGACUCUCAGUCUGCGCGCUGAGAGACAUGCGAGCAAUGCAAUCACCCUUGCAAAGUGGCUGCAGAAGAACGAAAACGUGAACUGGGUCUCAUACCCCGGAUUGGAAGACCAUCCUAGUCAUGAGACUGCCAAGCGGUACUUGCAGCGUGGUUAUGGUGGUGUGCUAUCGUUCGGAGUAAAGGGCGGCGCUGCUGCUGGUAGCCAGCUUGUUGACGGCUUCAAGCUGAUUUCAAAUCUUGCAAAUGUCGGGGAUUCCAAGACCCUUGCAAUUCACCCUUGGUCGACAACUCACGAGCAACUUACCGACCAAGAGCGUCUUGACUCGGGCACAACAGAGGAUGGCAUCCGUAUUUCUGUUGGUACAGAGCAUAUUGACGAUAUUAUUGCUGAUUUUGAGCAAUCGUUCAAGGCUGCUGCCGCUGCUGCUAGUACCUCCUUGCCUGACCGGACAACUUAA